GCCGAGAUGAGGUGAUGGAGCGCUGGAGAGGCUCGGUGAAUGACUGAGGUUGACCGAGAGUGAAGUUGAACCCGGCGGGAUCCGCUGGUUUGCGGGAGAACAGGUGUCUGUCUUCAUUAAAGUUUAAAAAUGGAGUCCACUCACCUCCUGGGCAGCUCUAAGAAGAGAGUAAAGAUCCACCCCCACACCGUCACAGCCAAAUAUGCCACGCACACCCCCUACUCCCCACAACCCGGGGUACACACACACUUCCCCCAGCCCGGGGAUGAAGGCUACGACGACGCGCCGUCUUUUGAGGACUUUGGCUCCUUCCUGGAGGAGACGUCCGACAGGAAGCAGCUGACGGAGAGCAAGAGGUGGCCUUUGACUCUGUUUGGCUCCAAAGACAAAGACGCGGCCACUAAACCUCAGGCUGCUGGGGGAGGAGAUGGGAGCGAGGGGGGAGCCAGAGCAGCAAAGGGGUCUGGGAGAGGGGUAGGGGAACAGCUGGCUAGUUUUGGGGAGGCUUCUGUGUCUGCGUCUCGGCUCACCUGGGUAGGACUGGUUGGUGCUGCGCUGGCUCACGGCUGUUUGAUCGUCCUGACCCGCCUGGCCUCCGAACACUUCAGCCUGGGCCCCCUGUUUCUGCUCUUGGUUCGCUCCAUCGUCCAGCUGCUCUCUGUGGCUGUACCACUGCACAGGGGGGAGAACCCAUUCGGACCAGAGGGGUAUCGUCUCCGUCUGCUCUGCUACGGCAUCGCCUACUCUCUCUCUCUCUGCUGCGCCUACUCCUCCUUAACCUUCGUCUCUCCUGGAAACGGCAUGACGACCUGGCGCCUGGCGACCACGGCGCUGUCGGCGACCCUGGCCUUCCUGCUCCUGGAGGAGAGGCUGGGAUUGGCUGAUGGGAUCACCAUAGCUGCAGGACUGUGUGGUUUGGGGCUUGUGCUGCUUCCCACAGAAGAGGAGAGCAACUCAGAUGCACCGACUGACCCGGUCGUGUUCUGGCGGGGGGCGUUUGGCUGGUCUCUGUCGGCUCUUGCCGGGCUGUGGAUGGCUCUGGCACUGGUUGGGUAUCGUUCCCUGAAGGAGAGGGUGGGAGUGGGCACAGCUUUGUUCACGGUAAGCUGGACGGGCUGCUUGCUCGCGCCGGCCUCCUUGGCUCUGCUCCAGGAGGGAUGGUCCUGGCCCGUGAGCGCACCAGCCUGGGGCCUGGUCCUGGGCCUGGUGGCCUGCUCGGUGGCAGCCUUUCUGGGAAUGACGCACGCCCUCACCCGACUCCACCCGGCUCUGGUCUCCGCCUCUCAGAGCCUGGAGGUACCCGUUGCCAUGCUGCUGCAUCUGGCUGUGCUGCCGUUGGCUCCCACUGCACCGGAAGUCGUCGGGAACGUGUUGGUCAUACUGAGCGUCGGUUGGCUCGUGGCGAUGAAGCUGCUCCCCUCUCGCGGGGGAGGGCGCCGCCAAAGGGAGGAGUACGAGGAGAUUCUGGACUCGCCCAUUAAAUAG